CAUUUACAGUGUAGCAAAAGAGAAAGUAACUAUGUUGCUGCUGGAGAUCAAUGAAGCCAAGUGAAUGAGGGCUGAAUGCGCGAAUCCGUAGCUGAAGCUGAGCGCCAGAUGGUGGAGGGUUACACUUAUUUAUGAAACUGUCUUGAGUUCUUCUUGAAUUGCCAGUUUUCAGCCUCCUCAUGCCUCCAUCUCCUUUAGACGACAGGGUAGUGGUGGCACUGUCUAGGCCCGUACGACCUCAGGAUCUCAACCUUUGUUUAGACUCUAGCUACCUUGGCUCUGCCUCCCCCGGCAGUACCAGCCAUCCUCCUGUCAUCGCCACCACCGUUGUGUCCCUAAAGGCUGCGAAUCUGACGUAUAUGCCCUCAUCCAGCGGCUCUGCCCGCUCCCUGAAUUGUGGAUGCAGCAGUGCCAGCUGCUGCACUGUGGCAACUUACGACAAGGACAGUCAGGCCCAAACCCAAGCCAUCGCCGCUGGCACCGCCACCACCGCCAUCGGAGGCACUACCACCUGCCCUGCCAACCAGAUGGUCAACAACAGUGAGAAUACAGGCUCUUUAAGUCCAUCAGGUGGGGUGGGCAGCCCUGUGGCAGGGACCCCCAAACAACUAGCCAGCAUCAAAAUCAUCUACCCCAAUGACUUGGCUAAGAAGAUGACCAAAUACAGCAAGAGUCACUUGCCGAGCCAGGGCCCUGUCAUCAUUGACUGCCGGCCCUUCAUGGAGUACAACAAGAGCCACAUCCAAGGAGCUGUGCACAUUAACUGCGCCGAUAAGAUCAGCCGGCGGAGACUGCAGCAGGGCAAGAUCACUGUCUUAGACUUGAUUUCCUGUAGGGAAGGCAAGGACUCUUUCAAGAGGAUCUUUUCCAAAGAAAUUGUAGUUUAUGAUGAGAAUACCAAUGAGCCCAGUCGAGUGAUGCCCUCCCAGCCACUCCACAUAGUCCUGGAGUCCCUGAAGAGAGAAGGCAAAGAACCUCUGGUGUUGAAAGGUGGACUUAGCAGUUUUAAGCAGAACCAUGAAAACCUCUGCGACAACUCCCUCCAGCUCCAGGAGUGCCGGGAGGUGGGGGGCGGCGCGUCCGCGGCCUCGACCCCGCUACCUCAGCCCGCGCCCAGCACCCCCGACAUCGAGAACGCCGAGCUGACGCCCAUCCUGCCCUUCCUGUUCCUCGGCAACGAGCAGGAUGCUCAGGACCUGGACCUGAUGCAGCGGCUGAACAUCGGCUACGUCAUCAACGUCACCACCCACCUGCCCCUCUACCACUACGAGAAAGGCCUCUUCAACUACAAGCGGCUGCCGGCCACCGACAGCAACAAGCAGAACCUGCGGCAGUACUUCGAAGAGGCCUUUGAGUUCAUCGAGGAAGCUCACCAGUGUGGGAAGGGGCUUCUCAUCCACUGCCAGGCGGGGGUGUCCCGCUCGGCCACCAUCGUCAUCGCUUACUUGAUGAAACACACGCGGAUGACCAUGACUGAUGCUUAUAAAUUUGUCAAAGGCAAACGGCCAAUUAUUUCCCCGAACCUGAACUUCAUGGGGCAGUUGCUGGAGUUUGAAGAAGACCUAAACAACGGCGUGACACCGCGGAUCCUGACACCAAAGCUGAUGGGCGUGGAGACGGUUGUGUGACAAUUGUCUGGCUGGACAGGAUGACAGUUCUCCGCUAGGAGACGGAGAGGAUGGAUGCUUUCUUUUCUUUUUUUCUUUUUUUUUAGCUGGGGGUAAAGUUUGUGAAUGGAAACAAACUCAUCUAAAAACUUGUUAUUUUUAACCCGUGUGAGAAGAAUUUAACUUUUGACGCCAUUGAGAUUUACUUCCUGCGAACCGACAGAGCAGGGAGGCUGAAGAAGUAAUUUUUUAAGCCAACAAUAAAAAUGUCAUAAAACUUGUUUCUUCCCCUUUUCCUUUUAAGCAAUUUGUAGAGUUUACAAUUAACUAGUCUGUGCAGGUUCAUAGACCGAAGAUGCUACACUUUAAGCCAAUUAAAAAGAACCAAAAGUAAGUAGAAAAGAUGCUGAAUCAUGAAGGUCCAGGAUCCGCCUGGGCUGUCCUUAGAGAAAGCAAGAACCCAACCAAACCAAGCCCUGUCGUGCUCACUGGUGCAAAGAGAAGCCCAGGGCAGCUGAAGUGGUCUAGGAACCCUUCACAUUCUUUCAAGUGUCAAAGGAUACUGUUGAUUUUGUGUGUUUCAUACUUUGGAUUACUUUUCACCCUUUCUGGGUUUAAGAGAUUUUUUUUUUUUUUUGGAAAUGGCAAGGACCCGACCAUUAUAGCAUAUGCCUUCACUGGCUUCUUGUGCAAUAAUAUGGUGUUUUGAGUGUGCAAAUGAGUUAGAGUUGGCAGCUGAACAAUAGAUAAAUAGUGCAAAAUUGCCAGCUUGGAGAUAGAAAUGAGUUAAACAAAACCAAUUACUUUCUUUCCCAUCUUUUUCCUUUGAUUUUUUUUCCCUCUGAUUUAAUUCUGGUUACUGUGCCAUAAACCUUGUUACAUAUGUAUAUCAGAAUGUAAAAAAAAAAAAAAAGAAAAAUUUAUUUAAAAAUAUUUUUCGCAAAAAAAACUUGGUGUGUUUCUGUUGAUUGUGUAAAAAUUUAUUUUCAUUAUAUAAAUGAAACUCAUUUGGA